GUAAACUGUUACACAAGCUGAGAUGUGUUAGACGCUACACCAGCACACGACUGAGGCUCCACUGAGGUGUAUUAUUUUUCAUGUGUUUGGACUAGCAUCAUUUGGGAAAAUGAUUGGAAUAAGCUACACAUCUUCAUUUAUUCUGAUCUUGAGUCUUUUUCUCAUGUCAGAUUCUACUACAGCUCAAUCAUCUACACUAGAUACAACAACAGAAGAUUCUACUACAGCUACAACUUUAACAACACCUACAACAGAUCCUGUCUCCACAACUACAGAAGAUUCUACUACAGCUACAACUUUAACAACACCUACAACAGAUCCUGUCUCCACAACUACAGCAGAUUCUACUACAGCUACAACUUUAACAACAUCUACAACAGAUCCUGUCUCCACAACUACAGCAGAUUCUACUACAGCUACAACUUUAACAACACCUACAACAGAUCCUGUCUCCACAACUACAGCAGAUUCUACUACAGCUACAUCUUUAACAACACCUACAACAGAUCCUGUCUCCACAACUACAGCAGAUUUUACUACAGCUACAACUUUAACAACACCUACAACAGAUCCUGUCUCCACAACUACAGCAGAUUCUACUACAGCUACAACUUUAACAACAUCUACAACAGAUCCUGUCUCCACAACUACAGCAGAUUCUACUACAGCUACAACUUUAACAACAUCUACAACAGAUCCUGUCUCCACAACUACAGCAGAUUCUACUACAGCUACAUCUUUAACAACACCUACAACAGAUCCUGUCUCCACAACUACAGCAGAUUUUACUACAGCUACAACUUUAACAACACCUACAACAGAUCCUGUCUCCACAACUACAGCAGAUUCUACUACAGCUACAACUUUAACAACAUCUACAACAGAUCCUGUCUCCACAACUACAGCAGAUUCUACUACAGCUACAACUUUAACAACAUCUACAACAGAUCCUGUCUCCACAACUACAGCAGAUUCUACUACAGCUACAACUUUAACAACAUCUACAACAGAUCCUGUCUCCACAACUACAGCAGAUUCUACUACAGCUACAUCUUUAACAACACCUACAACAGAUCCUGUCUCCACAACUACAGCAGAUUUUACUACAGCUACAACUUUAACAACACCUACAACAGAUCCUGUCUCCACAACUACAGCAGAUUCUACUACAGCUACAUCUUUAACAACACCUACAACAGAUCCUGUCUCCACAACUACAGCAGCAGGAACUACUGUAACCCCAGAUGCCAGUACAACAGGGAUUUCGGCUGUAACUUCAACAGAUCCUACUUCAACUACAGUAACAACAGGAACAACACGUACUUCGACAACAACCAAAACAACUGUCAAACCAAUUAAAUGUGAAAAUAACGGAACCGCAGAUUCAAGCAACGAGUUUUGUAUCUGUCUGGCUGGUUUUACAGGGAGAUACUGCAGUAAUAUUCAAUCUGAAAUUUCAUUCAAAGAAAUUAAAAGGACAGUCAAAGUUGCGAUAGAAGUGAAUGAAAUCUUUAAAACAGAAUAUGCCAACACAUCAUCAAAGGAAUAUAAAGAAUUUGUUAACAGAUUUGAAACGGUUAUAAAGGUGUAUAACGACAGUAUAUCUGCAAAAUUCGAGGUGGUCAAAAUAAUUCUAAGACCUGUUAACCCGCUAAAAAAAGAAAGUGGCCAAAGAACAAGAAGAAGUGUGCCUUUGGAGGAUACUGAAAAAAGUGUGAUUGUUACACAUGACAUGGUUUUUGAAAUGGAAAACAGCGGCAGCAUUGACACUACUUAUAAUAAUCUAGCAAGAAAAGUGCAAGAAGUUCUUUCAUCCUUGGAAAAUAAUACAGCAAUAGAUUUUAAUGUUAGUGAUGUCAGUAAAGCAACAACUAAACUCAAUGAGGUGUGCACAGAUGCUGAAGUAAUUUCUGUCGACUUCCGGCAGUAUUAUGAAGCAGUUCAGAUGGUAGACGAAGUGAUAUGUGUGACUCAAUGCCAUAUAAAUCAUCCUAAGUCAAAAAGAUGUUCAAAAAGUGGCACCUGUGAAGUUACUAAAGCCGGUCCAUCCUGCUUUUGCCUCCAAACUAAUUCUUACUGGUACUUGGGAACGGAUUGCAGUUUACAAGUGCACAAAGUUGGAAUCUAUGCUGGAUUGGGAACAGUGGCAGCCAUAGCAGUGUUAAUUGUAGCUAUAAUGUCAGCUUAUCUUAUAAUAAACAAACGGACAGUGAAGAGGAAUAAGGACAUUAAGCAAGAGCUAGUCAAGGAAUGGUUAGAAGACGACUUUGAGUGGCCACCACAAGAGAAAACAGCUGACAGAUAUGACAAUCCAGUAUAUUCGCCAAGAGAGGCACAUAAACAGGGAAGUUUCAAAAUAAAUAAACCAGAAUUCUCUGCGGAUCGAUCCUACAUGCAGAAAUUUUCACCUGGACCAGAUAUUAAUCUCCAGUAUCUUCAGAGGGAUCCGUCUAUGAGAAUGGACAGACCUCGGAUCCGGACAUCUUUUGAUAUUUAAGUGUGAUGUUCUAAGUGCAUGGAAACAAGCAGAAUGGCUAUGUAUGACAUACUGAAUGUAUCUAUUGCUUUUUUCUUUAAAAAUAUGCAAUCCUGAUGUAACAAAGCUCAAAUCAGUUGCGAGAGAGAUCUAUUUGCACCAUAAAAUCUACCAAGGUAGUACACGUUCAUAUUUUCUGUACCUCAUAUCACAUUAUGAAGCGAAGCAAUGAAACUUUAUCAAAGUUCUGUUUCGCUUCUGCUGUUAUUAAAAUAAUGAAUGUAGUAAUAUAAUAAUACAGUGUAGAGUGAUCAUUUUUUAUAAGUGCUGGUUAAUGUUUUAUUACUGUUAGUCAUAAUGUCAAGUUGCAUCAAUAUGAAUUGUUUUAUAAAUUACAUAUUAACCACAAAUUAUUUAUUUCCAUUAUACUUCACACGUUGUUUGUAGAUUGACACUUGCUUAAGUUAAAAUAAAUUAUCUAUAUUCUCAA